GCACUCGGCCACCACCAGGCUGCCUCAGAAGCCUUUUCGGACUUGCAGAUCUGGUCAUAUAUCCCUAUGACACCCUCUCCCACCUUGACCCUUACGACACUUGUCGUUUUACAGGUGCUGUUGGUGAGCAGCAGUCGGUACCCAGACCAAUGGAUUGUUCCAGGAGGAGGAAUGGAGCCCGAGGAGGAGCCUGGUGGUGCUGCCGUGAGGGAGGUUUAUGAAGAGGCUGGAGUCAAAGGGAAAUUGGGCAGGCUCCUGGGCAUAUUUGAGCAGAACCAAGACCGAAAGCACAGAACAUAUGUCUAUGUUCUUACUGUCACUGAAAUAUUAGAAGAUUGGGAAGAUUCUGUUAAUAUAGGAAGGAAGAGAGAGUGGUUCAAAGUAGAAGAUGCCAUCAAAGUUCUCCAAUGUCAUAAGCCUGUACAUGCAGAGUAUCUGGAAAAACUAAAGCUGGGUUGUUCUCCAUCCAAUGGAAAUUCCACAGUCCCUUCUCUUCCAGAUAAUAACACCUUGUUUGUAACUGCUGCACAGACCUCUGGCUUGCCAUCUAGUAUAAGAUAGUAUGGGAGGUCAUCUCCCACCAUGUGCAAUCUCAUGGGAGAGGCUUCUUUAUUUUCCUUGGCAAACAUCUGAAUGACACUUGCAAACUGUCUGAAUUUGCCAUAUAAGGUUUUCAAACAAUUUGCAUGUUUUUCAGAUGCUUUUGAAUUUUUUUUAAUAGUGUAAAAUAUUUUAAUAAGCCAAAGCCAUGUGGAGUUUUUUUUUAGAUGCCUUAACUGUGCCCCUGACCCUCCCACCCUCCAUGUUAUUUUGGUUGUCUCUCUUUUUUUUUCCUUCAGUUUUUCGUCCAUUUGACGUCAGUCUGUGGUUUCUGUCAGAUCAACUUACUCGUACCCCAAUUUGUUUUCUCAUUCACAGCAUUAAUGUAUUCAACAAAUCCUUCUGUUGUGGGAAUUUGCAAAAAUAAUUGAUAUUAACGGAAAACUUUUUCAUAGUAUCACAAUUUUAAUUCAAAAAUUUCAUAUUUGGAAUAUUUCUGUAUGGCCCAAUAUUUUGACAAAGGACUUAAUUUGCUAUUUUCAGGAAUUUGCCAACUCAUUGGUUUCAAUUUUUACAACUGGUAUUAUGUCACUAACAUAAUUCCCCUAUUGCUCAAUAGCCCUUUAACACAAAAUUUUAACUCUAUAGAGUUGGCAAUUUUUAGGGAGCUAUUUAAUGUAAGCAAAACACAUGUAGCAAAUACAUCAUCUUAUCAUGAAAUCUGGAUUCAUGGCAUUUGAGUUAGCACACCCAGUUGCCAAUUCCCUUUAUCCAUAAUCUCUUUACACCAAAUAUCUGAGAACCAAAUUUCCCUCAAUGUAAAUUGCUUUUUAAAAAUAUAUUCUCAGUUUUUCAAUUUAGUGACACCUCUUCAAACUUGUUGGUCACUGAUAACCAACCAUACCUGGGUUUGGAAUCAAUAACCUCAAAUGCCAGUCAGUGAUGACGGCUUCACAAUUAAAAUGGCCUUCUUGCUGUUCAGCUGUUACAGACUUAGAUUGUUAGGGUACCUUUAGAAUGUCUAAUCUUUUAUAGGUUGUCAAUAGGUACUAUUUAUCACAUGACUUACUUACUUUCGGGGCACUGAAACAUACCAGAACUAAGAAUUAUUUUGUCUUAUAUUUGUCUUUAUAUGUAUUAAAAUCAAGAAUCCUAGCUAAAAUAUAUAGGUACCUUUUCUGAAACUCCUGUAUUUCCCCCAAACAGGCCAGGAAUAAGGUGGGAGGGAAAACCUUUCAGUAAGAUGUGGGGUGGGAGAUGAAGGCAAGAUCAUUCUGUAUGUAGACAUUAGCCUUUUGUAAAUAUUGUAACUGAUGAGCAUAAAGUAGAAAAUAAGUAGUUAUACAUUUGUCCUACAAAUUAUUAACCUUAAAAACAUAAUUGCUGCUAAAAAUAGAGUGCUGUUACACUUGAGGAAAAUUGGUGCCACUUUAUGAGAUCUUGUGCCAUAAAUGCAGAUGAACUAGAUAUAAUAUAAACAUUAGUUCACAAAUUAAUGCUGUCAAAGGAAUGAGUAAUUAACCAGUGACACUUCUUUCUAAAUUAUGUGGUGUGGUCAAACACGAUCAUCCAGAAUUUUUGUUUUUCUUUGUACAGAGGUUAUGUAUUCUGGGUGUUUAAAUUCCACAGAUUGACGCUUUCUAUCAAUCUUCAAUGGACUAAGAUUUUUGUUCUCAGUAAUCUCUGAAGUUUCUUUAAAUUACAUACUUAACACAGCAGAGAAACUGGAUUGUUUUUGUAUAUAAGACUGUCCACCUGAAAUGCUAUCACAGUGCUUGCGGGGAGGGGAGGUGGGUAUCUUGUACAUGACAUUCUGAGAGUUAACAAUGCAUGAAAUUAUUUUAUAAACUCUUAGACUAUGUAUUUGACCUGUAAAAUAUGUACAGUAUUGAUGUCAGCCAUCUCUUAAAAGUGAGCAUAUAAAUAUUGUGUAAUUUUCUUUGGUCAGAAACAUUUGGACGAAGUAGUGCCACUCGAGUCAGGAUUUCUUCAGUGCCAUUUAGCAAACUAACUGUCUUUAGUCUAUGCAACUAGCAGAAAUUUGAAUGAUGCAACAGAAGAUUUACAGUCAUCACACUUUAAAUUUCAUAUGAGGGGUUCUUCACUAUUCUUCUAGAACCCAGUCUAGCAAAAUUAGAGAAGGGCCUUAAGGAUUUAUUUCUGUUUAGAGAAAAAGCCUACAUUUUCAGGCUCAACAGUUGAAUCUACUAUGGGUAACAAAGUAUCUACUAUCUCAACCCUUUAAAGAUUAUUACAGUGUUGGGAUUGUCAUUUAUGCUUUCUGUGGGAUAGUUGGAUAAAAUUGGACAGCUAAAUUUUUCAGUCCCAUGUGCCUCCUAAUUAACAAGUUUGUAAAGUGACUUGCAGACACAAAGUAGCAACUAGCCUGCAUGUUGUUGGGUUUUUGUAAACAGGUGAAAUUUUCCAACCAGACACUUGCCAUUCAGUUUUCUGGUGUUGAUCACACAGUUGUAUAAAGAAGCAAAACUGAAGGGGGGUGAUUGUUGUAUACACUUGAAUUGCUUUGCAUGGUCUCAUUGAGAUAAUUGGUGUAAGAAUCUUGACUUUUUUUAUAUUUGGAAACAUCAAAUAAAAAUGGAAAUAAAGUAACUUUUUUUUUUUAAUAUUAA